AACAGUUUGAGAACUUGUGAUUUCAAGUGUUUUGUUUUCUAUCUAUAUCAGGUUGGCGUUUAUUUCUAUGAUGGAGGCUGUGGAAUCCUCGAAGAAAACGAAAUCUUCAAUCACAAGUACUCUGGGAUACAAAUAAGGUCUGGAAGUAAUCCGUGCAUCAGGAGAAACAAAAUCUGGGGAGGACAAAAUGGCGGCGUUUUGGUCUACAAUGGAGGUCUUGGUCUGCUAGAAGAAAACGAGAUUUUCGACAACGCGAUGGCAGGGGUCUGGAUCAAGACCGAGAGUAACCCAGUUCUCCGGAGGAACAAAAUUCACGACGGGCGAGAAGGCGGAGUGUGCGUGUUCAACUAUGGAAAGGGUGUUCUGGAGAACAAUGACAUUUUUCGGAAUGCAUUGACAGGCGUGCUCAUUAGCACAGCCAGUUUUCCAGUGUUGAAAAGCAAUCGCAUAUUCGAUGGCGGUGCCGCGGGAAUAGAGAUAACAAAUAGUGCUGGCGGAGUUUUGGAGGAAAACGAAGUCUUCAACAACCGGUUUGACGGCAUUUGUCUGGCUACUGGUGUUGAACCUCAGCUUAGCAAUAACAAAGUGCACGGAAACAGACGUGAAGUGGAGAAAGCAAUCGAGUCUUGCCGCUGUCUGUUCCAGGUGUCUGGUAACACAUGUUAUCCCAUGCACGAUUUCUACAGGUGCACCACUUGUGGUACAUCCGAGGGUUACGCCAUCUGUGUGAGUUGUGUGACAGGUUGUCACGAAGGGCACGAAGUGAAGUUUGUAAGGCGUGACAGAUUUUUUUGUGAUUGCGGAGCAGGUUCAAGUGGAGUACUGUGUAAACUGAUCAGCAGAAACUGCUGGUCAGCGACAUCUCGAACACAGUCAGUAAGAGCGGUCAGCGGUGGUCAAACAGAAACGUCUGCACAGGAGGAAAUUGGAAACCAGGCCAUUUGCAUGACAUGACGAAACACUCAAAAACUGAAAAAGAAACGAUGAAGAUAAACUUACUGUCAACACUUUCGUACGCCAUGUUAUUCUUGUUACGCUUUCUCCGUACUCACUUUUGUCAUACAUAACGCAAAGCCCAAACUAAAAACUUUUAUUUUGCUGUGUAACGAGCGCUCUCGUCGCCAGACAUAUGGUUCGUGGUAUUAGGUUGCAAUGCUUGAUGUGUACUAAGUAAAUGGCCUGGUGAACAGUGUUUGUUCGUUUUAUCCCAAGGUUAUUUAACAUCCGGGUUUCUUUUGUAAUGUAAGUUUCACUGUCACAAAACUGCCAACCGAUUAAGCGAUCUUUAUUGCCAAGCGCGUGCAAGCGACAUGUUGGCCGUAAAUAUCAAGUGUUUUAUUUAAAUGAGGAAUUGAUGUCUUUACACAACUUGCAAGUCUUAAGUUUGCUUUAGCUGUGGUGAAACAGGGGGCGUAUUUAAGUUUUCCUGUGAUCAGUUCUUUUCGCUGGGAAAGAAGGAACACCUAAUCACAAGUUAUAUUUAACUGUAGUAUGUUUCACGACUUCGAUCCCUUUGCAGUCACAAACUCAGCCCAGUUAAAUGGACUGAAUUGAGGGCCAUUGUAGUGGUCUUCUGUUGGAAAGAAAACGUCUGACGAAGUCUUCUUCCAAUGUUCAUUUUAUACGAUUUCAUACUCUCAUAUUCAGGUUGUAAAAUCUUAUUUCUUAACAAUCUUCAGACUCCACUAUCCUUAAACAGCAUAUUAUUUAUCGUUGCUAUUUAUUAUAUGACAUACUCAACAUCUCGUUUUCUAUCGCAUACUCAGUCGUUCGUUUAAUUUAUUAACUUGCAAGUAAUUUAACUCGUCGACUACAUUUUAUCUAUUAUAAAUGUAAAUAGGCUGUAUUUAAAAAAAAUAUUCAGGGAAUACUUAAAAAAAGACGGUAUCUAUUAAAGAUGAACAUAAUUUAGGUAUUUAUUUAUAAAAUUGACAGUAACUUCAUAUGUCUAAUGAAAAUAAACUAACGAGACAAAAAUAAAUGUAUUGGAAUGUUA